GCCACUCUAUUUUGGGGUCCUCGCCGCCCUUCCACGUCUCCCGGAAGACGAGCCGGGCCGCGGCAGGUUGCGGACGGUGUUCCCUCGGCCUGGGCCCUCUCUCGGCCAGUUGCUGAGGGAGGGGCGGCCCAGGACGACGACAAGGCCGCGGUGCGGCGGCUCCCGAGUCCUCAGUGUGGUUUGACCACUCUUCUCGCUCUGGAGGCUCAACCAGGUGGUGGGGAGCGAAGUGGGCAUCUGCGCUCGCCUACGUGGGAUCCACCGAUUGACACUCCCCGGACCGUCCCACCGACCGCCAGCCUCCCUCCCUUUGUGUUGACGCCUGGCCUUCCAGCCGGCCCUGCCCCGCCUCCUGCAGACCCACCCCGUCCUAGCACGCCCACCCUCUCUCCACCUCGGUGUGGGCCCCUCCUGGGACGGUGCCAGAGGAAUUAUCUGGGGGCUCUGUGCCUCUGAAGUCCGUUCGAGAUGCUUGUCAAUGGGGUUCACCAAUAGGAUUAUUCUGCUACCAUCAUGUCUUGGUUUGCUGAUCUUGCUGGAAAGGCAGAAGAUCUUUUAAACCGAGUUGAUCAAGGGGCUGCAACUGCUCUCAGUAGAAAAGAGAACACAAGCAACAUCAUAUACAGCAAAAAUACUGACUAUCCUGACCUUCACCAGCAAAAUGCAGAUUUGUCGUAUCAGACUGGACCUAGAGCUACUUAUAUUUCCUCAGCAGCUGACAACAUUAGAAAUCAAAAGGCCACCAUCUUAGCUGGCACUGCAAAUGUGACAGUAGGAUCCAGGACGUCAGUGGAGGCCUCCCACCCUGUUGAAAACGCAUCAGUCCCUAGGCCUUCGUCCCAGUUUGUUCGAAGGAAAAAAUCAGAACCUGAUGAUGAGCUGCUGUUUGAUUUUCUUAAUAGUUCACAGAAGGAACCUGCCGGGAGGGUGGAAAUCAAAAAAGAAAGGGGCAAGACGCCUGUCCUUCAGAGUUCUCGGACAGCUAGUGUCAGUUCUGUGAACACCAGCGUAACCACCAUCAAAACCGUCGAAGAAAAUCCUUCUGGGAGCCAAAGCCAUGAAACCUCUAAUAAUACAGAUUCUGGCCAUGAAGUCCAAGAGGAUUCUUCAAAGGAAAAUGUAUCGUCAGAUGCUGCCUGCGCUGAUCACAACCCAGCUCCUACUGAUGACGGCAAAUCACAUGAACUGUCUAAUCUUCGACUGGAGAAUCAACUGCUGAGGAAUGAAGUUCAGUCUUUAAAUCAGGAAAUGGCCUCACUACUUCAAAGAUCCAAGGAAACUCAAGAAGAAUUAAACAAAGCAAGAGCAAGAGUUGAAAAGUGGAAUGUUGACCAUUCAAAGAGUGAUCGAAUAAGUCGGGAACUUCGAGCCCAGGUAGAUGACCUGACCGAAGCAGUGGCUGCGAAGGAUUCCCAGCUGGCCAUACUGAAAGUGAGGCUGCAAGAAGCUGACCAGCUCCUGAGCGCUCGCACGGAAGCAUUAGAAGCCUUACAGAGUGAAAAAUCACGAAUAAUGCAGGAUCACAGCGAAGGUAGCAGCCUACAGAAUCAAGCGCUGCAGACUCUUCAGGAGAGACUGCAUGAAGCUGACGCCGCCCUGAAGAGAGAGCAGGAGAGCUAUAAACAGAUGCAGAGUGAGUUUGCUGCACGUCUUAAUAAAAUGGAAGUGGAACGUCAGAAUUUGGCAGAAGCAGUUACUCUGGCAGAGAGAAAAUACUCAGAUGAGAAGAAGAGAGUUGAUGAGAUGCAGCAGCAAGUCAAGAUGUAUAAGUCCAACUUGGAGUCCUCUAAGCAGGAAUUAAUUGACUACAAGCAGAAAGCUACUAGAAUCCUCCAGUCUAAAGAAAAAUUGAUCAACAGCUUAAAGGAAGGGUCUGGUUUUGAAGGCCUCGAUAGCAGUGCUGCUAACAGCAUGGAGCUGGAGGAACUUCGGCAUGAAAAGGAGCUGCAGCGGGAGGAAAUACAGAAGCUGAUGGGCCAGAUACAUCAGCUGAGAUCUGAACUACAGGAUAUGGAGGCUCAGCAGGUUAGUGAAGCAGAAUCAGCAAGAGAACAGUUACAAGAUCUGCAAGACCAAAUAGCCCAGCAGAAGGCGUCUAAACAAGAACUAGAGGCAGAGCUGGAUCGACAGAAGCAGGAAUUCCACUACAUAGAAGAAGAUCUGUAUCGAACAAAGAACACACUGCAAAGCAGAAUUAAAGAUCGAGAAGAAGAAAUUCAGAAACUCAGGAAUCAGCUUACCAAUAAAACUUUAAGCAACAGCAGUCAGUCCGAGUUAGAAAAUCGACUGCAUCAGCUGACAGAGACUCUGAUCCAGAAGCAGACCAUGCUGGAGAGUCUCAGCACGGAGAAGAACUCGCUGGUCUUCCAGCUGGAGCGCCUGGAGCAGCAGAUGCACUCCGCGGCCGGCAGUGGUAGUAAUGGGCCUUCCAUUAACAUGUCUGGAGUUGACAACGGCGAAGGCACGCGUCUGCGAAAUGUUCCUGUGCUUUUUAAUGACACAGAAACUAAUCUGGCAGGAAUGUAUGGAAAAGUCCGCAAAGCUGCCAGUUCAAUUGACCAAUUUAGCAUCCGUCUGGGAAUUUUUCUCCGAAGAUACCCCAUAGCACGCGUUUUUGUAAUUAUAUAUAUGGCUUUGCUUCACCUCUGGGUCAUGAUCGUUCUGUUGACCUAUUCGCCAGAAAUGCACCAUGACCAACCAGAUGGCCAGUGAACUGACCCAGUGUUUCAUGAUUGGUUGUCUUUGUCCAGACUUGGGAUCUGUAAGAGGGCCGCCUGCCUAAAAUUCCUGAGGAGAGUGCACAAGAUUAUUUUAUCACUAUAAGCUUUUAACCUUUUAAGUUAUUAUGCAAGUGCUCUGCUACAUAAAUCUUCCUCUGAUUUCCGUCAGAUGGUGAGAGUUUCUGAAACAGACAGUAAUUUAGCAACAUCAGCUCUGCUUUUCCUGAGGUCAGUGGUUCAGUGUGUGCACACAGUGAUGCUGGGGUUGCUCACCUCUGUACAGACCGUCCUGUAUUUUAGGUGACACUCAUUAUGGGUUAUAAUCAGGGAAACUAAUUGUAUUUAGUGAUAUAAAUAAAAUGUUUUCUUUUUGAUAA